UAGAGUUGAUAACGUUAUCUCAUCCUUUAAAUAUAUUUGAUGUUCUACCUUCAAUUACGUAGUGCUGUGAAAAAAGCGUAGAAAGAUGAAUUUCAUUUUUUUAAUAUGCCUCGCAGUGGCUUUAUGCCAGGCUACAGGCGAAAAACUGCGUUUUGACAACCAUACUUUGUAUCGGUUAACUCCCAAAAGUCAGGAAAUGGUUGAUAAUCUUCGAUACUUGGAAGAAAAUGCCUACGUCGCUGGAUAUACGUUUUUCACUGGUACAAUAGCAGAAAAUGUUCCUGUCGAUAUUCUGGUUCCACCGAAAGAAGCAGAAACUUUUUCACGGUUUCUUGACGAUGCGGACAUAGAGAGCAGCAUCUUAAAUAAAAAUAUCCAAAACGCAAUUGACGCUGAAGGAUUUAGACCUGAGGCAAGAGCUGGAACUUUUGACUGGACAAGUUAUCACACUUUUGAUGAGAUUAGCAACUGGGUUAGAAAUCUUGCGUUUACUCACGCCGACAGACUGACUCUAAUCAACGGUGGCACAACAUUUCAAGGGCGCGAGAUUAUCGGAGUCAAGCUUUCGACUGGUCCGGAGAAUAACAAACCUGCCGUUUUCAUUGAAGCUAACAUUCAUGCUAGGGAAUGGAUUACAUCUGCUGUGGCUACUUAUAUACUCAACGAGCUCGUUGUGAGUCAAGAUCCUGCAGUGCGUCGAAUUGCGGAAGCCUACGUGUGGUAUAUAUUUCCCGUCGUGAAUCCUGAUGGUUUCGUGCAUUCCCAUGACAACAAUCGAUUAUGGAGAAAAACACGUACACCUUACACGUUCCUGUGCUUUGGAGCCGACCCCAAUCGCAACUGGCCUUACCAAUGGAUGCAAGGUGGGGCAUCUAACCAAGCCUGCUCUGAUACUUAUGCUGGACCGAAUCCACUGUCGGAAACUUCAACGUCCAGCCUGGCUUUUUUCAUCGAUACUGUUGGACCAAACUUGCUUGCUUACAUCAGUUUACACUCAUUCUCUCAAAUGUUGUUGCUGCCUUAUGGACACACCACUGCACAUUUGGACAACUACGAUGAAAUGCUGAGAAUUGGAACACAGGCUAUUGCAGACCUUUCAGUCAGAUACGGAACCCAAUACGUUAUAGGAAAUAUUGCAGAAACCAUUUACGUUGCAACGGGGGGUAGUAUGGAUUAUGUCAAAGACAAGUUUAAAACGCCCAUAGCCUACACAUAUGAACUUCGCGACAGAGGGCAAAAUGGCUUCCUUUUGCCAGCAAAUCAAAUUAUCCCAACUAGCUUGGAGACACUGGAUUCGUUGGUAUCCAUUUUCCGGUCUUAUCAUCAGCUGCAUCCAUACAAUGAGACCGUGAUUGGCUAGAAAGUGGCUUAUUGAUUCAGCAGGAAAAAAAGCUUUAACGUUUGUUAUUUACUAAAUAAAUGUGGCAUUCCAAAAUUUGA